CGAACCGGACAACGUCCGAACGUCGUACUGUGAGGCGGCAACGCUACCUACCGCAGCAGCAUGUAAAAUAUGUCACUGGUCACGCCCCACUUACGAGUAAAGUUGCGAAAUGUACUCUCACUCUGCAUUUAAAAUUGCAGGAAUUAAAACUGUUGCAGUACUUUGAACUUGAAUGUACUACAAAAAGCAACUGGUAUUAAUAAUCCGUAAUCAGUUGUAGGUGUUAGAGCACUUUUCCAAGUCCCAUUUGGAAAACGCAUAACGGUUAAUCAUUCAGUGGAAGCGAAUUAUGUUUGAAAUGUUACCUGAAUCUCUAAUGUGUCAAAUGCACUGAAAGCUGUAAACUGUAAAGAACGCAUUAUUUCUGUAUCUGAAACCUUCAAGAUGUCUUCUGGUCUAGUGUAUCUAGUAACUGGGGGAUGUGGUUUCCUAGGAGAGCGUGUUGUUGAUUUGCUUCUUAACCAAAAAUAUAUUACAGAAAUAAGAGUGCUCGACAAGACUGCAACAGAAGACGUUAAGAAACUCUGGAAAGAUCUCUCCAAAGUAAAUAUUAUCUAUGCGGAUAUAACCGACUUUAACCAGCUGCUGAAGGCCAUGAAUGGUGUUCAUGUGGUGAUCCAUUCUGCUGCCAUUGUGGAUUACGUGGACCUGACACCUGAAGGCCAAAUGGAAGAAGUCAAUGUAGGAGGAACCAGAAAUGUACUGAAGGCCUGCUCUGUCUUGAAUAUACAGUACUUGGUCUACACCAGCUCAAUUGCAGCUUUAGGUCCCAAUACAAAAGGAGAACCACUUAAAAGAGGGACAGAAGAAAGUCUGUAUACGGGUGAACUACUGCUGAAUUAUGGAAAAACUAAAGCCAUAGCUGAAAAACUGGUCCUCGGUGCCAAUGGAACACAGCUCCCCAGUGGUGAGCAUUUCUACAGCUGUGUGAUUCGACCUGCUGGCAUUUAUGGAGAAAAACAUAAGGACACCUUGACUGUAUACAGAAAUGCAAAAGCCAAAAAUGGUGUGAUGAACUUCAUUUGCCCUCUUGACUCGGAAAUGGUCUAUGCAUAUGUGGGAAAUGUAGCAUGGAUGCAUGUUCUGGCAGCAAAAGAACUACAGGCCAAACCCGAGAAGCUGGGUGGGCAGUUAUACUUUGCUUACGAUGACACACCACUAAAGAGCAUUACCAUGUUUCAUUAUGAACUCUUCUCAAAAAUGGAUCCCAGCAUUAAACUGGGAAAACAGAUACCUUACUGGGUAAUCUGGAUGAUUGUAUUUCUGUAUACUCUUUUCAAGACCCUGUUAAGACCAUUUUGGAAUCUGAAACCCUUCUUAACCUUCCCAGCCCUUCAGUUUAUAGUCACUACCUUUUCUUAUAAGACAGACAAAGCUUUCCGACAUUUUGAGUACCAGCCUUUAUACAGUUGGGAAGAGAGUAGAAGGAAAACAUGCAAAUGGAUGCAAACAGUUGUAAAUCAAGCAAGUAAUCAUGAAUCAGAUUCCAAUCUUUUUCCAUAGCAGUAGUAAGUGGUAUGGAGAAGAACAUAACCUGUAAUAUAAAAUCAGUCUAAUAUCCUCAGUACAUUCCUUAGCCCCGUGUCAUAUGCUAAAGCAGCCAAUGAAAACUGAAGGAUUUGGCUCCCUUGGAGAAAUGGAGUGGGGAAGGAGAGCUUAAUACUCUCUCCUUUUUUCCAUUGUUAGAAUCCUAAAAGUGCAUUUAAUACUACCCAUAUUAGCAGCACGUAGAUAGAUAUAUAAAAUCUGGAUUUAGAGUUAGUCAUUAUAGUUAGUUAUUUUAUUCUAUUUAUAUGUAUGUGGCCAUGGUAUUAUUUGAUUAUGAUAUUUAAAUUGAUUGGUUUACAUUUUUAUACAAAUACAUCUGUAUAUUUCUAUGUGGUUUAUGACUGCAUUUGUUAUUUAUUGUUUUUAUUCUAUCACAAAUUCUAAGACUGAUGUGUUUCUAGUAGCCCUGGGUGUUUUGAUGCUUCAUACUCUUCAUGCUUUACAUUUUAUUUUCAUCUUUAUCAGAUAUACAUUUUUAGUUAAGUAUUAUGUCUAUGUGUAUAUACAUCUAUAUUUAUAUAUAUUUUAUCUUCAUUUAAUUCAUAUGCAUGAUGAUUUUGUGUAAAUAUAUUGGCAUAAAAAAGGGGCUUAUACAUACACAUAUUUAUUCUAGUAAUAUUGAGUUCCACCACACCCUGUUGAGUUUGAGUGGAUUGAUUAAUUGAUUGAUCAAUUGAAUAAGUGUUUUAUGUAAUUGAUUAAUUAAUUUGUUGGAUUAAGGUAUAUAAAGCAUUUAUAUUGAGUCUUUUAUGUAAACCUGAGGAAGUGUACCUGUUGUACGUGAAAGCUCUUGUUUUUUAAUAAAUUCAGUUCAUUUUA